AUGUCGUGGCAGCCUAAGCUCCGCCCCAAGGGCUUUCCGCAUACCAUGGACAGUUUCGCCGCCAUGGACUCAUUCGCGGAGCUGGAGCACCGCUCGAGACAUGUAGAAGACAAGCGCGAUCAGCGCGUGUUCCGGGUCAAGCGCAAGCAUGUUCUCAAAGCGUGCGAUCGGUGCCGCGUGAAGAAGACUAAGUGCGAUGGGAAACAGCCCUGCAACCGCUGCUCGGUAUACAACCACCCAUGCCUCUUCCGCGAGAGAAAGGCGACGCAGACCAAAGUUUACUCUCGGGGAUUCGUCGAGAUGCUCGAGUCCCACCAUUCAUUAGUCGUCAAGGCACUCCAGAAACUAUACAAGUUCUGCAUCAACAACGAAGGCUUCCCCGGCGAGCCCCUCGCCGAAGCACCAGACGGCCACCCUCUAACACACACGAUCCUCGACCGCCUAGGGCUGAUCAAGCAAGCCGAAGAAAACGCCGACGAUCCAGACGAGGACUCCGAGGACCUGCGCUACCUCCGCCUGUUAUCCACGUCAACAGAAUGCAGCGCCACGGCCGAACCGUCCCCUGAACCGGCCACGCCCCCGGAACCCUCCCCGACAGUGCUCUCCUCUCCUUCUUCUUCCUCGGCUUGCAACAACCCCGGCUCUGUACCAGUGCCAACUUCUUCCCUCCCGGGAGGGCGCCACCAUUCACACAGCUGGUCGUGGGAUAUGCACCCCGUUCACCACCAGACUGCGUAUCACCACAGCUUCCCCGAGAAUGGAUUCCAGCAUGAUAUUAUGGCCGUGCAGCGCAACUCCAUAGGAGGUGGCGCAACAUAUCUAGCGCCAACUGAGAUACCGUCCCAUGUCGACGUGUCUGCUGGAUCGUCCGUGUCCCAUGACUCUGCAGGUUUUCCAUGUUAUCUGGAUGCCUCCGAUAGAGGAGUGGUGCCAGGUGGUGCCAGCAAUAAACCCGCCGCGCAGCGUGUCCCGCCCGGUAUCGGCAUAAUGGGCGAUGCGCAUUCCCAUUCCCAGCAUCUCUCCGGUGGUGGCAUGUCUAGUGACAUGCUUGGCGGAGUCUAUCACUACCAAAACCAGGAGGCCUCGUUCUAUCACGGAUUUACGCCUGGUUGGACUUUUCCGGCGGGAUGA